UGUGGGGCGGGCAGUGAGGGCCAAUGCGCACAGCUAACAGGUGCCAUGGAGUUGAAAAAGGAAAACUGUGAAAUAACCAUAGAUAUGCUCCUUAUAGUUCACUCCGAGAAGAGAAGGACUGUGCAGAGGGACAGACAGACGGAUUCGGCUUCUUCGCUGCAAUGCCGAGGCUUCCAGGGAAUCGGAAAUGGAAACCGAAGACGGCAGAAAUUGGAAGGAAACGACCUUCGAGGAAACGUGGCCCAGACACAGCACCAUCAGCAGACGCAAGUCAUCACGUCCUAUGACAACGAAGGAACUCAUUUAACUGUGGAGAUACACCCUAGGAACAAAACACCACAGCUACUUAAGAAAUUCUCUUUUGACAAACGUUUUCAAGGAGAUCGGAAUGGAAACACAAGACCACAGCAGCCAGGAGGGAAAGAUGCCCAUGCCUACCCAUGGGAUCGGUCUAGCCUGAAAUCCAUGCCGUUGGACCUAAGGCAGUUUGAAAAAUUGGAUGCAUAUGCCUCCAAGGUGAAAGUCAAGUCUGGUUUGGAAGAACUGGUGAAAGACUUGCUCCAGGAGGCUCAUACGGACCUGGAGAAGGUCAGAGCCAUUUGGGUAUGGAUAUGCCAUCACAUAGAGUAUGAUAUCGUGGCUGCCCAGGAGAAGGACCGUCGGUCCUACAAGCCCACUGACAUUCUGCAGAGCCUGAAGAGCAACUGUGAUGGGUACGCCGAGCUCUUUGAGAAAAUGUGCAGGCUUGCAGGGGUACAUUGCAUGACAGUGGCUGGAUACUCCAAAGGUUAUGGAUACCAAACUGGACAGAGCUUUUCAGGGGAAUAUGACCACGCCUGGAAUGCCGUUUACCUGGAAGGAAGAUGGCAUCUACUGGACAGCACGUGGGGAAGUGGCUUGGUAGAUCCUGCCACCACCAAAUUCACCUUCAUAUACAAUGAAUUCUAUUUCCUCACCCACCCUGCCCUGUUCAUCGAGGACCACUUCCCAGACAAUAAGAACUGGCAACUGCUGAAACCUGUCCAGUCUCUGAGACAAUUUGAGACCAAUAUGUACCACAAGAGUGAAUUUUACAACAAGGGGAUGCUGGCAGCCCACCCAGAGACAUCAGUCAUCAAAACAGUAAAAGGAAAAGCCACCAUUUCCAUCGAGAGUUGCUCCCCAACACUCUUCAUGUUCAUGCUCAAUGGAAAACAGGAAAAUGGCAUAAUGACUUUCAAGAAGAAUGGGAUGAAGCUGGAGGUGUACCCCCAGACCACUGGCACUCACAAGUUACAGAUCUUUGCUAAAGGCACCUCAGAUCUCUACAGCUCUGUGUUAGAAUAUACCCUGGAAUGCAGCUCAGUGGACAGGAGCAUCCAGCUUCCCUCCGAACUCCACCAGCCCGUGGGCCCCAGCUGGUUCUCUGAGCAGGCAGGCAUCCUGAAGCCUUCACACCCUGAUCCCAUCAUUCACACCCAGGAUGGGCGCUGCUCCAUCAGCUUUGGGGUAGAAGAGGGCAUCAGCGUCUUAGCCUCAUUACACGGAGAUGAGAAAAUAACCGAGGAGACGCAGCGACGUUACAUCUUCCAGCUCCAUGGGGAGAAGAGAACAGAGCUGAAAGUCCAACUUCCCUACGCAGGGAAGUUUGCCCUGAAAAUCUUUGCCAAGAAGAGGUUGGACCCAGGCAACUAUGUCUUCAUCUUCAAUUACCUCCUCUGUUGCUCUAACACUAAAGUGAAAUGGCCUGUGUUCCCGGAGAGUUUUGGCAACUGGGGUCAGGACAAUGAGUUGCUAGAGCCUCUGUCCGGGGUGCUGCCGGCCAACCGGAAUAUCCCAUUUAAACUGAAGCUCCAUGGGGUAGCAGAAGCAUUAGUGAAAGGGCAGGACACAUGGCCUCUGACGCUGAGCCAAGAUGGCUACUGGGAGGGUACCUGUAACACUGCCGGCUGCCGAGAGGUUUACGUCAUGGUCUUGGAGAACGCCAACCACAACUUCUACUCCUACAUCCUGAAAUACAAAGUGACAGCCCAAUGACAAUCCUUGAGCUCCUUCUACUCCAUCUUUCUGGAUGGACAUUUCUCAU